AUGAAAACGGUCCUCAGAGGAGAUAUGCGGAAGAUGACGUAUAAAGAGGCCAGGGAAGCAUGGAAAUGGGCAGACAAGUUCGUACUAUCCAGUGACAACAUGCUAUAUUACGUGGGCCCAAGCAGGCGUAAACUGGAUGAAGAUCAUGAUACAGGAGGUUCUCCAAAAUUGCGGACAUCAAGGAGUAGUCCGGUCAUACCAGAAAGUAAAAAACUGAACUACUACUGGAUUGGCCUCUAUGCGGACGUGGAGAAACACGUUAAAUCAUGUCUAGACUGUAGCUCAAGUAAGAGUCUCCCACAAUUCAAAGGAUAUUCACCUGGAAAUUUGCUGGCCGAACGGCCAUUCCAAGUAGUAUCGAUGGACUUUGUAAUUCCGCUACCAAAGUCUCGACGAGGGAAUACGGCACUACUCUUGUGGCAAUGUGCAUUUACUGGAUUUGUUAUUGCGAAAGCGAUGUCAGAUACAGACGCAUUGACAGUGGCGAAAGUAUUUGAAGAAAGCAUUUAUCAGCGGUCGGUUAAGACGGUGAUGCAAUCGGUAAACGUUUACGUGGAAGCCCCACUCCAGCAAGACUGGGACGAGAUUGCUGAACGACUUGUAUUUGCAGUCACAAUUCGCACGAUAUGA